AUGGCGCGUCUGUCGAUAAGGCUGAGGAAGCUGAGCAACGUGCAUCACGGGAGCAGCGAGAAGGCAGAAGAGCAGACUCGACGAACAACACUGGAUGAGUACAUUGCAGCAACUCAUGACCUAGUCUUUAUUCACUUGACCGUCGAGACAGAUAAGAAAUUGACAUCAACGGGUUCUACCACACACCCACGAAACAAACUGUGCCCAACACAUCUAAGACCGUGGACCGACUUUCUAGAGCAAUACCAAAUCAUCCUCGGUAAACUCUAUGCCACCCCUUUCCCACUGCCGACCGGCUCUUUGAUCUUGAGUUUCCUACACAAUAGCGUUGAGGAUCCAGUGCGGGAAAUAUUCGAUCAACUUCGAGGCGUAGACAAGGUUAGGCGCGAGUUCCAAGUCGGCGACGGUAUCAUCUUUAAGAACCGCCUUAACACAAUUAAUGACAUCGACAAAGAGGGUAUACAGCGACAAGCCCCAUCGACGCCAGACCAAGGCCGUUCCUCGGGCCAAAUCCGUCCCGAUCAGAUAUGCGUAUACCGCGCUGACGAUGGACCGUCGUCAAAACGUACUAUGUUGUAUGUGACCGAAUACAAGGCUCCGCACAAACUCAUCGCUCCCCACCUUCGGGCUGGCCUUCAUCCCAUGAACAUAUUUAAGGAUGUUGUUAACCGAAAAACAAUCCCUACUGCCGCCGAUCCGGAAGCCCGAUUUCAAUAUCAUGCGGAAAGAUUAGCUGCUGCCGCCCUAAGUCAAACUUAUGACUACAUGAUCAAAGGCGGACUCGAGUACGGCGUAUUGACAACCGGCGAAGCCAUUGUUUUCCUCAAGAUGGAUUGGGAUACCCCGGAAACGCUCUUCUAUCAUCUGGCCGAGCCCGUCCCCGAAGUCCCAGCCCGUCGAUCGCAUCCGGCCGAGCCCGGCCCCGAAUUUGCAGCCCGUCUAACUGACGGUCGCUUCUACACAGCUGUUUGUCAGUACCUCGCUUUUAGCCUGAUGGCCAUCGGCCCGCCAGGCAAGGCGUUGCAAGCCCGUCUACAGGAGGGCCGUCGGCGUGCGAUAUUAGGCUUAAUACGAUGGGUCCAGGACUUUGAGACUACGUUGCGAUCUAUCCCGCCGAAUGAGCGCAUACCGCCAACACAUUCUUCAUACGCACCCACCAUCCAUUUAAGCGUGAGUAGAUCGCCAGUCCUUCUCCCGAAGAAGGCUCGCCGCAAGAGUGUCGAAGAUGUUCAUCCCGGUAAUCAGUCUAAGCGGAAUAGCUCGAAUGAUGAAUCCUCCGAUGAGGAGUCGCCGCUCCGGAUGCCUGAUAGUCCCAGCCCAUCCGAACCACGCUCGUGUGGCCACGCCCCAGGUGUUCGGCGCAGUGAGUGGAUCCUGGCCCAACGACCACGAGGAGGGGGCGAACAAGGUCGGCAAUAUUACACCCAGAAAUGCCUCCUCGGGCUCGUCCGAAAUGGUCGGCUUGACAAGGAUUGUCCCAAUAUUACGCUUCACCGGCAAGGGGUACCGCAAGGCCUUCGCCACCCAAUCAACCAUAAAGAGUUUCUUCGACUUUUGUACGAGCAGCUCAAGAAGUCCCUGGAUGAUGGCGUCAUUCAACUUUAUCUCGAGGGCUCGCGAGGCGUAUUGUUCCAGGUCACCCUCCUCGCAUACGGCUACACCUUCGUGAGAAAGGCCACGGUAACUGCGUUCAUUCCCGACUUUCAGCACGAAGAGAGGGUCUACCAGCUGCUCGAUCAAGAACAAGGGGUAAACGUCCCUGUCUUCUUGGGUACGGUAGAUCUGAGGGAGAUGGACAAGAUAUAUUAUUAUGCUCAUCGGCGCUGUCUCGGUGCGAUACAUCAGGCGGGAGUGGUUCAUGGAGACGUGCGAAGGGCGAACGUGCUACGCGAUGCUCAGACCCGUAGGGUCAUGAUAAUCGACUUUGAGCGGUCCAUCAUCAAACCAGUACGACGUCCACUUGACCAGGUGGUGCCCAAUAAGCGGGUAUGGACUCGCGAAGAGAACGGGGGGGGAGGCAAGGAGCGUUCACGUGGUCAACACCAAAGCAGGAUUGGGUUUCACGACGAUAUUCUGGCGGUAGACAUUGAGUUUUCUCGCUAA